AGUACAAGAAUGGUGAGGACGGACAGAGGGGCUAUUUUAGUGAGCCACUCACAUGAGCGCUGGAAUCUAUAUAUCUACCCUCUUUCUGCCCUUCUCAUCUCAGAAAAAGACGCCUGUGAGUAUUUGUCACCUUCUGUAUAAGGGGGAGAAACACAGAACUGUAACCAUGUCUGAAGUGUCUUUGAAACCAAAGCCAAAGAUCUCCGCAUCUCGCAGACUGUUCUUGAAGACCAAACUGCUAAAGAAGGCCAUGACUAUGUUGGAGUAUGAAAAGCAAGUCAGAAAAGAUGAACGAGAGAGAACCCUCGCUGAGAGAGUCCCAGAGCUCCUACUGUCAGGCCUGUCUUUGCAGGAUCUACAGAAUCUUUGCAAAGAGCUACACCAGAAAAUUGAUGUGGUUGAUGAAGAGCGGUAUGACAUUAAUUCUAAAGUGAUGAAAAAUGAUAAGGAGAUACAGGACCUGUCUCAGAAGAUCUUUGAGUUGAAGGGCAAGAUGAAGAGACCAAACCUGAGGAGGGUGAGGGUGUCUGCUGACGCCAUGUUGGGAGCUCUGCUGGGCUCUAAGGUCAAAGAGUCUGUGGACUUCAAGGCCAACCUCAAGACUGUGAAGAAAGAGGAGGAGAAGAAAGAGGAAGUGACUGACUGGCGUAAGAACGUGGAUGCCAUGUCUGGUAUGGAGGGCAGAAAGAAGCUGUUUAAUGCGGGGCAGUAGAUUUUGUGGUGAAUUUCUUUGUGAAGGUGUUUGCUGCUCUAAAACUGGUGGAACCAGUGGAUCAUGUGACUGUUAAUCACUUUAUAACAGUGAAAAUGAAGACCAGGUUAACAAGUACGUUCUGGCACAGUUCAUGUUUCAAGUGUAUGUGUAAAUGGCAAUUUAACUGUAUGAUAAUUCAUAUAAUACAUACAGUUUUUGACAUUAUAUAUGAGGUAUUACGAAAAACAUAUGUAUUUAAUUUAUUAGAGCACUGUAUUGCUUUUGUAGUUUUUAUCAUCUAUAUGAAUUAAUGAACACGGCACCACUAUUGGCUGUUCAGGUCACCUGUAGUAAUGUUACUGGCUUACUUUUUGACAAUAAACAGGCAAGAAUCAGAGAAAAUGCAGAUGGGCAUAUUUGUCUGCAAUUAUGAAUCUGAAUUUGUCCAAUUUAUACUUUGCCCAUAUUGCCUACAAAAGCGUCUUUUGAAUUAUUGCCUUUGGAUGACAACAUAAAACAUGGAGAACAACAUUUCCGUGUAUUCUUGUAUUUUCAGAGAAUAAAUGUUCAUGGAGUCUCAUAAGGAUCCUUGAAAAUUAAAGUGGCAUUAGACAUUAUGAUGAGAAGAGGCAGUGUUAUGAAUUGUAUAUCAAACAAUAAAAUGUAAAUGAUAUUGCUCAGAGAA